AUGUCUACCGAUGAUAAAGAUACGGCAUGUGCGAGUGAAAAAGCAGUGAAAACCGGAGAUGUGGGGCAAGAACAAAGCGAUACUUGCUUUGAUGAAAUUUGUGAAAAAAAGAAGCAGAAACCUCAAAGGAAAGUUGCCUUCCCUGAUGAUGAGCACAUAGUGACCCAGUACUUCGAGCCCGCCAACCCUUGGCAAGAUGUAACCGACGAGGCUCUGGCGACCGGUAGUAGGCGGUAUAGCCCUUCCCCACAUUGGCGUUGUCAAAUCUGCUGGCUACCGAUGGGCAGCAGCGUCGGUAGUACAAAGGCAGCGCCCUGCGAUCUCCAACCCGCAUGCCCAGCGUGGAGAUUAUGGGUGACGCGAGUGACGCCCGAGCGCGAUUCGUCGACGGAGAGCAGCAGCCCCACCACGCCCACCAGAAGCUACUGCCCCACCUCGCGAUUCCGCGUCGUACAGGUCGCAGAGCCACCAAAGAUACACGUCCACACGGUUGAGCCCCGCCGUUCACGCUUCUCCGUCACCAGAAACUACGACACUACUUACAAUCCCACGUUGUCACCUGAUAGCAGUGUCGGCUCCCCAGCUUCUGGAACCUCUAGCCCUGCUCCAGAACUCCCUGGGCACGAUUUGGGACCAGUUAAAAACGAUAAUGAGCAUAACUCAGAUACUCGUAGAUUUAGUAAAGAAAAUGCGUCUUCUACGAACGCAGCAGGAGCUACGGAAGAAAAUGUUACAGGAACAAUAGAUAAAGGUGAUAAUGCUACGAAUCGCAGCGCCCCCGAUAAUUCUACACAUAGAAAUCACGAUACAACAGACUUACAUGUCAGUGUUAGUGACGUUAAUGCCAAAUAUGAUAAUUUGACAAGUGUUCAUGACAAUUUGACUAGUGUUAAAGACAAUCAGUCAACUGCCGAAGACAAUUUGUCAAGUGUUAAUGAUAUGAAUGAUAGUGUUAGAACAUAUCACGAUAAACAAGAACAAUUAAGUCAUAAGGCGUGUGUGGACACCGGUAACGGUGAACCAGUGUUAAAAACUGAAACUAAAUUAGUUAAAAACAGUACUGAAGUGAAAUUAGGUGAAAAAGUUGACACUAAAAUAGAUGUAACUAUAAACAGUGAAAUAAAUCUAGAUAAAUCAGCCAAAGUACAUUAUGACCAAAUCACCAAGCAGGUAGAUGAAAAACAUAAAGACGGUGAAGCUAUGAGACAGAUUGAAGCAAUCACUGAAGAUUUAGGCAAUUUAAUACAAGAAAUGAAGGAUCUAUCAACUAAAACUGCUGUAUUAAAGAAAGAUAGUGUAAAAGUACGCAAUGACAGUACUCAAACUGUAGGUAUAGAUAUAGGUAUAGAGAAAAUAGACACAUUAAAAACAGUACCUGGUAAUGAUAUACGAGAUAAUGUAGUUCUUAAGAAAAAUAAAAGUGAGUCGAGCUUGGAUAGUCCAGAUUUGGAAGUGUCGAGGCUGAUGAACAAAAAACUAGUUGGAAGUCCGUUCUGUGACAGUAAUUCAUCAUUAGAAAUUUCAGGUAGUUCUAUGGAAAGUCUCAAUUUGGACCAUACUCAAGUUUCGAAGCCAAUAAUAAUACAAGAAUCUGUACAAUUUGAUAGGGAACUUGAUAGACGAAAAACUGCAGUAGCAUUAUCAACAGAAAGCAGUAUUGAGUCCAAUACUAGUGAAGUCACCCCAGUGAAUAUUGCUUACUUGAACACUUCUGUAAGCUCAACUGAGAGUGUUUCCCCUGUCUUUGGAAAGAAUAAAAAAAUCCACGGUUCGCUAUCCAGUUUAGAAGCCAGUGUUAGUUCUAUGGAUUCUAAACAAAUGAUGGUAACAUCGGCAGACUCAGGUAUUGAACAUUCACUACAACAUCCAGAAAUGGAUUCGUCAAACGAAGGUACAUUGACCAACAAUUCAAGUUUCAAAGACGUAAAAAAGUCCGAUGCACUGCACGAUACUUUAACUUCUCAAAAAAGAGCGUCAAGUUUGCUUGACGUGCCAGCGUUAAAAAGUAAAAGUAUGGAUCGAAUGAGAAAGAUUUCCUGGGUAGCGCCGUCUCCAAGCUGCAACAUACCAAAGCCCGAGGCAGAAAAACAAGAAACGAAGUUGCCUUCACAUUUGGAGAAGUUGCUAAGCUUAUUUCAACAUCCAACUAGUUUAUUCUCCAGAAGUACUAAUGAAGAAGAAAAAAAAUCUGCUUCCAACACUCCUCCUAGAAAAGAUUCUUCGUUAACCAGUUCGUUUUGGUCGUGGGGAAGUGCUACAGAGAAAGACAAUACGAAAGAUGAAAAAGAUGACUCCUCUGAGACUACCGAUUCGACUCUGUCAGAACGCAUUCAAGUGUCUUUUGUAGACGAAUCGUUCUCAAAGAAAUUGGAUAGUAAAACUCCCUCAACGGACACAGAGAACACGUUAAGCGAAUUCCAAUCAAUACAAGGCAAUUCUGACAGCGAAUUGACGGAAAGAGUUACCAAAACCACCGAUGAAGUACAAAUAGGUAUAAGCAGCUGUGAUAACACAGCUUGUGAUAAUAACGAUCUCACAAAAAUUAAAUAUGAUGAAAACGACAUAGGAGAUUCAAGAAAAAUCGACGAUGCAGACAUAAUAGAAGAAUUCAAAGAAAUACGACCAAGGACAUUUGCUGCGGUACUCAAAUCUUCUGGAUCUGAAAAUUCUUUGGAUAAACAGACAAGUCCUGAAGGGUUACCUGUUGACAAACUAUCUAGUAAAGUUAUUAGAGGCAUCAAAGAAAACAUAAGUCCAGAAAAUACAUUGACAUCCUCUAUGACUAACACAAAGACGUUAGCACUGGAUCUUUGUGAUCGCCAGAUCAAAAACCCUAUAGUUAAUGCUGUAUGGGAAUUAACGACACCUCUAUUAGAGAGUAGAGACGACAUGAAAGCGCCGAUAGCAACUAUAGAAGAAACCUGUGAAGUACCAUUAGAGUACGACGACAUAAAAUUCAUUGACGAAAAAAAUGUGUCCACAGAUAGUGGAGUGACGUCUCUUGACGGUGCUAACGACGAUAAAAAGUAUGAAAUUAAAGAGACAUCAGAAAUUAUAGACUUGGGUAAAGAUGCACUGUCCUAUCUCAUAUUCGAAAAGCAGGAUUUUGAACCUGACACUGAAAAUUUAGCUGAAAUUAAAACAGAGCAAAGUUCAUUAGCUCAAGAGUUGAAAGAAGCAGAGAUAAAGGAAAAGCUACUUGACAUGUCACCAGAAUUAGUCAUCGAUGAAGCAGUCGAAGUGCCAGUAUACUUAAAAGACUUGAAGCGCACGUCUCCAGUCAUACCUGACCGAGCAAAGUUAAAAAAGGCCAAUUCCUUAGAAGACUUACCGAGCGAAAAAGAAAGUCCGAAGACGAAGUCUAUAGCUUUCAAAAUCCCGGAGACAACACCACAGGAUAUACCGGAACGAAGACCUAAAUUGCGAAGUAGAAGUGGUUCUAGUCCCAAAUCUUUACCUGAAAGUUUGAAUAAACCUUGUCCAUUAAUGAAAAUGGAAGGAAAGAAAAAGAAAAAAGUUUCGUCUCUUGGAAAGAUAGCGAGAGAUUCCUUACUAGCGUUAAAUAUGUCUGAAGAGGAGUUGAACGAGUUUCGAAGAUCUUAUAAACUCACAUCAGUUGAAAGUCUUAGAUCUUUAGAAUCAGUGUCAGAGGAUGCGUGUUCACAAUCAGGGACUUCAAUAGACUCCCGUUGUAGAUCCUGCUUACGUACUUCACAGGAAAGUCUAAUGUCUCUGGACAGUAUUACGGAAGAUUGCAAAUGUACUGAUGGUGAUAAAGAAAAAGCUGGACGAUCAGUUAGAUAAAAUAGGCUCACUGCUGAGUCUGUAUCAACAAAUAUACGCCUCAAUUUUGACUGUAUCGUCUAAUUACAAGAUUUAGGUCAGAAUCCACGCAGGCAUAAUGUGGGUUAGGAGACAAACAUUGCUGGCAUUUGCACCGAACUACCCGGCUUCGAAGAAUUCCCCUGAGUACCGAAACUCAGUUGGAACAGUCAAUGAAAAACUAGACCAGAACUAAUUUCCUGAAAUAUGUCCGUUGGGCAUAGAACUUCAUCAUUAUCAAGUAUUUAAAACUAAAGGACCAGUUUCUGCGGCCGUCUAGAAGAUGUCAUAUUUGGGAAUAGAGACAGUAUUAUGCUGCGAAACUAAAAUAUCAUCAGGCAGGCUCCCUGAUGAGGAUAUAACCUGUAAAGUUUGAAGGAUCCUUUUUACCAAAAAGGUUGACAUUUUGAGAAUUAAUUGCUGGUCGCCAUAGAAACAUCUGCAUAGAAUAACAAAGAGAUUGUGUUGUUUAAUUUUUCGUGGACUGUCCCCAGUAGAGGCGAGGUGUGCUUCAAACCAAUAUAUACGUUAUUAUGCUGCGUAUAAGAUGUUAAUUGGUUUCUACACAGCUCUUCUCUGCUAUUCUUUGGUACAUAACGGGUAUUAGGUAGGGCCGCAGCGAGAGGAAAGAGAAUAACUUCCCCUUUUUUCUGUCUUCUUCAACGAAAACCAAUUUCGUUAACUGAGAGUAACACUCUAGAGGCAAUUCUCCUUCCCCUCACCGCAAUUUAACUAAGACAUGAAUUAACUGAAACUGUCAUCUUAUAACAUGGUCUGUAUAUAAAAAUAACUGGAUUAUGGCUGUUAGCAGUUUUUUAACUGCCGUUGUAAAAAAUGUAUGUAUAAUGUUAAAAUUUUAAAAAACGGUGUUACUUCUAGUAGUUUCCAUGAUGGUCGCUAUAAAUAAAUAAUUAGAUUUGAGCUGCAGGGCGGUCAAAUAAAUUGAAAUAAAAACAAUUGUUUUGUAAUGUCGAUUUGGUCUAGAGGGCGUAACGAACAACCGGGCCCGGAGUUGAGUGUCAAUGGCAAGAUGGCAAUUCGUCUGUGGCUAACCUUAGAGCUAGUACUCAACUGCCAUUGCAAUAUUUUGGCAUCCUGCUCUUUAAUGACAAACUGCCUCCGUGGCCGAACGGUUACCAUGGACUGCCACGCAGAGGUCCCAGGUUCGAUUCCCGGGCCGGGAGAAAUAUUUGUAUGGCCUACAUUUAUUUCUCUCGUGAGUUUAGAUGUA